UUGCGCAGUGGCCACAGGCAGCUGUGAAGAUGGAGGACUCCGGGCGGAAGUGGGACCGGUGUGUGUCGGACAGCGCGGUCAAAACAGUACUGGGUCUUGGAGUUGGUGCUCUGUUCUCUUUGCUGUUCUUCAAACGGCGCUCGUGGCCGGUGGCGUUCGGAGCUGGGGCGGGGCUCGGCAUGGCGUUCUCCAACUGCCGACACGACUUCAGAUCACCAAAUCUACUGCAUGGACACAUGGUGAAGGAUGAGUAGAGGAGUCCUCGUUCUGCAUUUGAGUGUCUGUUUUCUCUCCAAGUGCUGUGUGUGUGUGUGAGGACGUUUCAUUAAUAAACAGUUUGACAGGA